CGAUUAAUUCAAAUAAUUCCUCCUCCAUAACACCCUCUCCUUUUCCCAGAUUGCCCUCCUCCCUCCAGCGCACUGCCCAGGGCAUUUUCGUAAACUGACAAAACCAGCCGGUUUUUUCGUCUAUUCUGCCGCCAAGUAUUCAGUUGUUCUGUUUCUCCUCUCUCCCCCACCUCCUUCUCUGAUCAGUUCCUCUCAUUUCAAAACCCCCUUUUCCUCUGUUUUUUUAUUUCUUUAUUUUCAGUAAUUGGUAACUGCUUCUGCUUAACAAUGGAGUUUGACAAGUCUUUCAAGCCUAGGAAGCCGAAAACCAGGGAAGUCAGUUCAAGAUUCCGGUCGCCGGCGGGGUGUAAUUCUACUUCCGGCGGGAAUUACAGUCAGGUUAACCCAAUGCCGUGUCAGAGUCAGAUUCUUUCCCCGUUGAAGCAGAUGCCCAGAUCGUCGAAGGGGAUGGAGAAAUCUGGGUUCAUGAAGAAGCUCUGGCCGUCGUCUUUCACGGCGUCGCAGAAUUCGAGCUUGAAGGUUAGGGAUUUGGCCGGUCGACGGGAAGAGGAAGAAGAGGAUGAUGGGAGUAAUUAUCCGGCGGUUCUUAGCCGGCAGAUGAGUUGCUUGGAGUUUAGCAGGUUCGCCGGAGAAGGCGCCGCUGCGGCGAAGGAAAAUCAGAGGCCCCUGUUCGGUGGGUCGGUGCGGUACACCGGGAAAUUCGCGACGCCGGCGAGAUCUUCCACUUCUCCUUCGUCUUCGUCUUCCUCCUCCUCGAACUUCUCCAACUUGCUUGAAGAUUACUCCGAUUACAGAAAAAGGUCGGAUUUUUUAUCCGAUUUGGAGUCGGAGGACAGCGAGGUUCUAUCCAGCAACAGCUUCACCUCCCCCGCGGUGGUCGGGAAGAACAGCAACUUCACGCCGUCGUACAUGGCGCCCACCGUCAGUUCGAAAAAAUCCGCCGGAAUCGAAGUCUCGUCGAAGUACUUGCAAGACCCGCCGUCGAGAUCCCGGAGAUGGAGCGCGGAUUCCGGUGCCCAGAAAAACAGAGUGGAGAAUUCUCCCAAAACGUCGGGUGCUUUGAAAAGGUCAAGUUCCGUUAAACCGGCGUCUCCGUCUCUCCGGAGAUCAAACUCGGCGGCGAUCACGCCGGAGAGCAGAGGAAAACUGUUAGGAUUUCAGAGUUCGAUGCCGCCAACCAACCCUUCAAGAGUGAAAGGAGUUGGGAGUUUCUUUAGUAUGGGGCUGGAAUUGCUAAAGGUCAAGAAAUCGUCGUCUUCUUCUUCUAAUAAGGCUGCCGCGGCGGCGUCUUCUUCGUCGGCGGAGGCGGAGAAUAUUCACCGCCUGCGAAUGCUGCAUAACCGGUUGAUGCAGUGGAGAUACGUUAACGGCAAAUCUGACGCCGUUAAUGAGAAGAUUAACAAAGAGGCUCAGAGGAAGUUGAUAUGUGCAGAGGAAGGCAUAGCUAAAUUAAGGCAUUCUGUUAUCCAAAAGAAGUUGCAAUUGCAGAAGGAGAAAUUGGACAUGAAACUCACUUUUCUACUUCAUUCUCAAAUGAAACAGCUUGAAGAAUGGGGUGAAAUGGAAACACAACACACAUCAUCCAUCUGCAUGACCAAAGAGUCAUUAAACUCGGUUGUGUGCAAUGUACCCAUCAUUCAUGGGGCAAAGGUGGACAUAGAAUCAACCUCAAUUGUUCUUCAAGAUGCUUCAAAUCUUGCUGCAUCAAUCGAAUGGACGUUGUCUGCUUUCUCACCCGGGGCCAAUCAGGCAGCUGAAGUAAUGAAAGAAUUAGCAGAGGUUGUAACACAAGAGAAGCUGUUACUGGAAGAGUGUUUAGAGCUUUUCAAGACCACUUCUAGAUUAGAGAUUGAAGAGAGGAGUUUGAGGUGUAAUUUGAUACAGUUGAGAUUGCAACAACAAGAAGAGUUUUGUUUAUCGGCAAUGUAAUUAGUGCAACGUAGUUGGCUUAGAUAGUCCGAAGUUGAGACAUUUAGGAAAUUAAGAGAAUGAUUUCUGGAAAAUAAGUUAUUUUUCUUGAAAUCAUUUUCCAAUUUCUAGUUAGUAAACCAUGUAAAAUAUUCACAUUCUAUAUGGUUCAUUUAUUCUUUCAUUAGUUAAAAGAUCUAUUAUGAACUUUGUCCCACAAUUGCAGAAACAAACCUUGAAGAAAAAAAACAGUUGUAAAUACCCAAAAAAAAGUAUCAAAGGAGUUGACUCUCAGUUAAAGAAAUCUUUAAAAUUAUA